AUGCAGCUCCUCUCCACCGCCUUCCUGGUGGGAUCUGCUCUCCUCCAGACCGUCCUCGGUCGUCCGGAGCGAGGCCCUGCCAGCCGCGCCAACAUCCUCAAGAGGUCCGUCGAUAGCUUCAUCGAGUCCGAGACUCCCUACGCCUACGAGCGUCUCCUCUGCAACUUUGGUGCCGAUGGAUGUGCUGCUUCUGGCGCCUUGGCCGGUGUAGUCAUCGCCUCUCCCUCCAAGAGCGACCCCGAUUACUUUUACACCUGGACCAGAGAUGCCGGCCUCGUCCUCAAGGGCGUCGUAGACAGCUUCACCAGCUCCUACGACAGCACCUUGCAGGGCCACAUCCAGGAGUACGUCAUCUCUCAGGCCAAGCUCCAGGGUGUCUCCAACCCUUCCGGCUCCCUCUCUGGUGGCUCCGGUCUCGGUGAGCCCAAGUUCAACGUUGACCUGACUCAGUUUACUGGCUCUUGGGGUCGCCCCCAGCACGAUGGUCCUGCCCUCCGGGCCAUUGCCCUGGUCUCCUACGCCAAGUGGCUCAUCGACAAUGGCUACGAGUCCACCGCCAGCGAGGUCGUCUGGCCCGUAGCCCGCAACGAUCUCGAAUACGUUGCUCAGUACUGGAACAACACCGGUUUCGACCUGUGGGAGGAGGUCAACGGCAGCUCCUUCUUCACCACGGCCAGUCAGUGGAGGGCCCUUGUCGAGGGUGCCUCUCUGGCUUCGACCCUUGGCCAGACCACCGCCAGCUCCAAGUACUCCAGCAUUGCCCCGCAGAUCCUCUGCUUCCUCCAGACCUUCUGGAUUCCCGAGCAGGGAUACGUUGACGCCAACAUCAACGUCAACGACGGCCGCACAGGAAAGGACACCAACACGGUCCUGGCCUCGAUCCACACCUUCGACCCCGCCCUAGGCUGCGACUCGACCUCCUUCCAGCCCUGCAGCGACCGGGCCCUGUCCAACCUCCGGCUGGUGGUCAGCUCGUUCCGCGGCUACGCCAUCAACAGCGGCAUCGCCACCGGCCAGGCCAUCGCCGUGGGCCGCUACUCCGAGGACGUCUACUACGACGGCAACCCGUGGUACCUCAACACCCUGUCCGUGGCCGAGCAGCUGUACGACGCCGUGUACGUGUGGAAGGCCCAGGGCUACAUCACCGUGACGUCGCUGUCGCUCCCCUUCUUCCAGGACCUAGCCCCCUCCACCGCCGCGGGCACAUACCUGUCCGGCUCCACCACCUUCGACGGCCUCGUCGACGCCGUCUCCACCUACGCCGACGGCUUCGUCGAGGUCGUCUCCACCUACGCCGGUACCGACGGCGCCCUGGCCGAGCAGUACUCCAAGAGCGACGGCACCCCCACCUCCGCAGAGCACCUCACCUGGUCCUACUCCGCCUUCCUGACCGCCGUCGCCCGCCGCGCGGGAACUGUGCCCCCCUCCUGGGCCAGCCAGCCCGACAUCGUCCUGCCCGCGUCGUGCCAAAAGUCCACCGCCGUCGGAUCAUACACCUCCGCCACGGUCACCACCUUCCCCGGAAGCCUGACCGCCACCGGCACUGCCACUGGUACCACCGCCGGCACUGCCACCACCACCGCCACCACCGCCACUUCUACCAAGGCCACCUCCACCUCGUGCGUCCAGGCUACCGCCGUCGCCGUCACCUUCACCGUCAAGGCCGCGACCCAGUACGGCCAGACCGUCAAGAUCUCCGGAAACUCUGCCGAGCUCGGUAGCUGGGACACUUCCAAGGCCGUCGCCCUCAGCGCCUCCGACUACACCGCCUCCAACCCUGUCUGGAAGGGGACCGUCAACCUCCUGCCCGGGGAGUCGCUCCAGUACAAGUACAUCAACGUCGCCUCGAACGGUGCGGUCACCUGGGAGACUGGCGCGAACCGCGCCUACACCGUUGCCACCGGUUGCUCAUCGACUGCUUCUCAGAGCGAUACGUGGCGCCCGUAG